AUGAGAAGAAGAAAGGAUUAUCCACAAAUUUUCCGUCGUUUGAGAGAGACAUCCUAUUCAGGAUUUGAGUUUGAAGCAGAUGCCCGUGCUGCUAAAAAUUGUACCCCUGAAGAGAUCAAAGAAAAGUUUGAUGACUGCUGGGAAAAAGGAGGAUUCCGUUUCUGGCUUGGAAACUUCAAUGAUGUAUUUAUUGACCCUGAAACUAACGAGAUUGCUUACAAUUACUGGAGAGAAAAGGUUUGUGAAAGAGUUAAGGAUCCUAAAAAGCAAGCAUUAUUAGCUCCUGCAAAACAAGUAAACCCUAUUUUCACAAAGAGACCAAGUCUUGAGCAACGUUUUUAUGAAGUUUGCAAUCAAGAUAAUGUUGAUAUCGUUAAUAUUAUAGAAACUCCUAUUACCGAAGUUACUGAAACAGGAUUAAAGACAACUGAUGAAGAAUACGAAUUUGAUGUCAUUAUUUAUGCCACUGGCUUUGAUGCAGUCACGGGAGGUUUCUAUCAAAUCAACUUGAAAGGUGACAAUGGUGUCACUCUUCAAGACACUUGGAAAGAUGGAACCUAUACUCAUUUGGGUAUGACAAUUAACAGAUAUCCUAAUUUGUUCUUCAUGUAUGGACCUCAAGGGCCAAGCGCAUUCUGUAACGGUCCAACAUGUGCAUUGACUCAAAGUGAAUGGAUUAGAGAUGCCAUCGUUUAUACAGAUAAGCACAACCACAAACGAAUCAUGCCUACUUUGGAAGCACAGAUGGGAUGGAAGAAAUAUAUUAAUGAUGGUGCCAACCAAACAUUAUUGCCAAUUGCGGAUUCCUGCUAUAUGGGUGUCAACCGUGAAAAUAGGCCAAAGGAAUGUCUUCUUUAUGUUUAUGGUGCUAACAACUACCUCAAGGACAUUACCAAAGAAGCAGAAAACAAUUACGAGAAUUUUGCUUUUGCAUAG